AUGAGCAAGCCGUCGGCCAACGGACGCUGGCGCCUGACCGAUCCCUGGCUUCCCGCCCGAGGGGCCGAGAUCGCUGCGGCGAAACCGGCUGUCUGUCUUCCGCGGCGCGGCGCGGACCCCGUCGGAUCCCAGAGAAGUGCCAGGAACACAAGCUGUCGAGCGCAGCCAUCACUGCCUGAAGGAAGGCAGACAUUUCAGUCUGUGCCAACAGGGCCCCCUCCCAUGAUGCCCACAGUCAAGUGCCAGGAGCGCACCCACUGGGCUGGCGGCUGGAUGUGGUCUCUAUACGUGGUCACUUUUACAGGAAUAGCGGCAGUGUCUGGUUUGCUGGCAGCCUUCAUAGUGUGCAUUAGGCCCAUUCUGAAGUCCAUUGAUGAGGCAUGCAAGGCUACUGAAGAAGCUGCAGGGCAGCUGGAAGUGGCUGCUGAGGAACUUGAACAGGCAGCCAUCAUGUUUGAGGAGGACCUACCACCAACACUGAAGGCUCUGGAGCAAGCAAGCAGAGAAUUUGAGGACCUCGGGCAGAGACUGAACAUGUUGAGUGGUGGUUUCUCACUACGCCGCUCAGCAAAGCGGAGGCGAAAACGCCGGCCUUCCACAGGGAAAAACAACGGGGACAUUCCAAUGGAUCGUCAGGAGGAAUCUGAGCAAGCAGACGAUGGUUUGCUGGUGCCUUCAGCUAUGGGUCUGGAGGCGGAGGGCCAGGCAGCAAUGGAGGCUAUCACAAAGCAGACGAUGGGCGGCAUUUCGAAGGUUGCAUCAGAUUUAAAUCACAUGACUCGUGCACUGGUACCUGCAAUGGACGAGUGGCGCAUUCGGCUUUUGAACUCGCUCAAGGGCACUGACGUAAAAGCCCAAGGUGGAAGAGCAGCACCACGGCCAAGUGUGGCUGAGCCUGAUGGCUGGGGGAAGAGACAAGAGGCAGUCCACGGGAGUGGACCAGCUUCUCUGGAUUGGAUAUCAGGAUGGCAAGGUGAACCGGGAGAGCACGAAGAUGUUGCCAGCGCUGCGGAAGAGGGCACUGUAGAAGGUGUUCUGGAAAAUUCCGCGCAGCUGCCAGAUGCCACAGACGGGGAAGCUUCAAUGUCCACAGCAGCAGGAUCCGAAACGCCCCUACGCGCCACUGCCGAAACCGCUGACAAAGACGGCGACGACCUGCAGGACCGCAGGGAGGUCGCAAUGGAGGUGCUGGACGCGCUGCUGCGGGCAGAGCGGGCGGCGCAGGACGCCGCCACGGCGUCUGGCGACCUGCAGCAGGCGGUGCGGGCCGCCCAGGAAUCUGGCGCCUUCGAUGACGUCGACGUCGACGCCGACUUCAGCGGGGAUUCGGACGCGCUGCCCACGGUCAUGGCGGCCUCUCCGCACGACCAAGACUUUUAUGGGGACGAGGAGACGCACCCGAUGGAGAGGGGGAUGGAUGAGGACGCUGUGGACAAUUUAGAGGAGGCGCAGCCAAAGUCUGGGCAGUGA